AUGGUGCUUUUACUCGAAACUCCGCUCACGGGCUCGAGGGUGCUGGAUCUUGUGGCACUGAGUUUUCUUUUGUUCCUGAUCAAUCGGCUCCUGACCUGGUACCGGCUGAGCCACGUGCCGGGCCCGUUCUGGAACUCGGUCUCGUCGCUCGCCCUGCUCAGGACGCAGCUCGGGGGCAGUGUGCAUGCGGAUUUGAACCAACUCCUCCACAAACAUGGUUCAUCGCUCGUACGCAUCGGCCCCAAUGCGGUGCUGACGAAUGAUGCAAAGCUCGUGCAGCGCAUGGAGGCCAAUAGAUCCCCAUAUACCAAGAGCCCCUGGUACGGCACUUUUCGGUUCAUGAAGGGAACGGACCAUUCGUUCAGCCAAGUAGACGAACGCAAACAUGCAGAUCUCAGGACCAAGAUUGGCCCUGGAUAUUCCAGCACGCACCUGGCUGAGCAAAGCAUUGAUCGCCAGCUUCUCCGGUUCCUUCACCUGAUUGAUCGCAAAUACCUCUCCCGCGAAGAUGGGGGCUCCUACAGACCUCUGGACUUCGCCAGGCUAUCACAUCUAUACAGCAUGGAUGUGGUCGGUGACUGGACCUUCGGCAAGCCGUUCGGCUUCCUAGAGGAGGGAGAGGACAUCUAUGACUACAUCAGGUGGAACGAGGAGUUCUUCCCGUUCGUGACCAUGGCGUCGACGUUCCCUUUCCUCGCAACAUUGCUUCAGCAAUGGCCGUUCUCGGAGAUGCUCCCCAAGCCAUCUGACCCAGUGGGUCUUGGGCGCUUCAUGAAGGUUGCUUAUGAUGCCAUCGAAGAACGUCAGAAGUAUGGUGUCGACCUGCGCAACGAUCUGAUGGGCAUUUUCCUCCAACAUGGCGUGGGCAAGGAAGAUGCGGUAAACGAAGCAUUGGUACAGGUUGUGGCAGGAACAGACUCGGUGGCCGUAGCGAUCCGAAUGGCCUUGGUCUACAUUCUAUCCAAGCCAACAGUAUACAACAAACUGCUCGCCGAACUCGACGAGGCCAGGAAUUCGGGCCAAGUCACCCGGCCCAUCAUCCGGGAUGCCGAAGCCAGGCGCCUGCCCUACCUCCAGGCCGUGAUCCGCGAGAGCCUCCGCAUCUUCCCCACCGUUACACCACUGAUGUACAAGUCGGUGCCAGCGGGCGGAGACCUCGUCGCCGGCUACCAACUGCCCGCCGGCACCGACGUCGGGGUGGACCAGUACGGCAUCCUGCGGAGCAAGGAGUACUGGGGCGAGGACGCCGAUCUCUUCCGACCGGAGCGGUGGCUGCAGGCCGACGAAAAGGAGCUGGAAGCCAUGAGCGAGUAUCUCGAGGCGUCGUUCGGAUACGGGAAGUACAAGUGCCUUGGACGCUCGAUUGCAUUCGUGGAGAUCAACAAGACGUUGUUUGAACUUCUUACGAGGUUCAACUUCACCAUGCUCAACCCGCCGGCCCCUCUCAAGAUGUUUGCGGCAUCCUUCUGGAUGAUGAAGGACUUCUGGAUGGUAAUCACUCCGAGGGAGACUUAA